AUGCAGCUACCCCCAAAGAUUAAGGGGCCUGAAUUCCAGAGGUACUACGGCACGACCGACCCUCGUCACCAUCUCCGUCACUACAGGGGAAAAAUGUUGCAGUACUGGGACUACGAAGAGUUCGUCAUCCAUACGUUCCAGGAUAGUUUGGCAGGAGCGACUCUGGAUUGGUACAUGUCACUGAAAGCUGCGGAUAUUCCCAUGUGGGCAGACCUCUCAAGCAAAUUCAUCGACCAGUACAGGUACUGUGCGGAGACACCCCCGACUCUGUUGGAGCUCAGCACGAUGGAGAUGACCGAUGACCAGGGCUUCGAGGGUUAUGUAGUGAAGUGGCGGGCUAGAGCGGCGAAGCACGUCCCUCCGAUCAGUGAGGCACAUCAGAUCCAAUUAUUCCACUCCACUCUUAAAGGGGCCUACUACCUGCACUUGUUGGCCCACACGUCUUCAUUCUCCAACCUUAUCGACGCCGGAAAGAAGCUUGACAUCGGCAUUAAGCUCGGCAAGAUAGAAGGUCUGGCCGAGAAAAAGGAAGGAGAGUCCUCGAAGAGGGCCGCCACCGGGACAGCGGGAAACAGAAGAGGGAAAGACACGUCCGUCAAUGCUGUCAACUCAGGGCGCCAGGCCCCCCAACAAUAUUCCAUAAGCUACACGCCCGCACCACCGGCCACUCAAGCGUAUGCCCCACCUUCGGUGCAUUAUCAACAACAACCCCCAACGCAGCAAGCUUACUAUUCCGCUCCGCCGGCUUCCUUUCCGUCGCCGGUCCCGCAGCAAUACGCCCAUAAUUAUGCCCCUGCUCCUCCUUCGAUUCAACAAAGUAGGCCCCCGACUUCGAGAACUCCUCAGCCGGUGCAACGGGCUCCGGCUCCGCAGGACCAACAGGGCAUCGCAACACAAACGGGGCGUAAACAGUUCACACCUCUGCCGGCUCCACUCUCCCACAUAUACCGGCAACUCCUCGCUGGUAACAAGAUCCGAUCAAUAGCACCUAACCCGGAUUUCGACCCAACCAUCCAAAAUCAGAGUCGGCGCUGCGAGUACUAUCAGGGCGCACUCGGUCACACCAUCGACAAUUGUUGGAAACUACGGGAGAGGAUCCAACAGAUGAUUGAUGACAAGCAAUUCACGUUCAACGCCGUCAAACCCCCGAACGUGCAAUCAAAUCCUCUUCCCGAUCACGGGUCAAGCUUGGGACCUAGCAUUAACAUGAUCGGUAUUUGCGCUAUAGGGGAGUACGAGACCGGACAGGAGGCACCGGCCCCGUUUGUGAUCGAAUAUGUUCCUGCAGAAACUGGUGUAGGGUACGCAGGGUUCGAUGCCACGCCCGCCCCAUUCGUGAUAGAAGUCCCCGCACGAGAGCCAUAUCAAGAUAGCAAGGUCCCGUGGACCUACGAAGGAAGUGUUGGGAACCUCGAGAGUCAAUUUAGCGUCAUGGGCGUGACGCGCUCGGGUCGAGUUUAUGAAAAUCCGAAGGUCGCAAACAAAGGGAAAGCCUUGGCAAUGCCCGAAGUCGCCCCGGAAGCCUCGUCCAUUCCCUAG